CCCCGCUGACGACAUCAACAGCAAAAGGUUCGACCUUUUCUCGGAGGCACAUUUGUUAUCUGCAUGCGCAACUUCUCACCGUGGUCAGAUUUUUUUUCCUCGGUUUUGUGACCCUUUUUUUUUUAACUGCGCAUCGUCCGAACCUACAAACGCCCAACGAUUUUUCCACUGCGAGAUUAGGUAGUCGAGACGCGAAAUAGAACUCUUCACCAUGGAGAUAACCGUAGACGACUUGCCGGGCCUGCUUGAGAAUGACACGUCGGUUAAACUGGCCGGUAUUGACGCCGAUGGCAUGCUGCGCGGCAAGCUCGUCUCCAAGAAAAAGUUCCUUUCCAUCGCCCAGAGCGGCUUCGGUUUCUGCUCCGUCAUUUUCGGCUGGGACAUGCACGACAUGACCUACUUGCAGGAGCUGAAGGUCAGCAACAAGGAGAACGGGUAUAGAGACAUCAUUGCCGUGCCGGACCUCAGCAGCUUUCGGCGUAUCCCCUGGGAGAACAACGUGCCAUUCUUCCUGGUCAGCUUCUUCGAUCCCCUUACCAAGGAGCCGGUGCCGGCAUGUCCGCGGGGAUUGCUCAAGACGCAGCUGGACAAGCUGGCAACCAAGGGCUUCGGCGCCAUGGCCGGGGCCGAGUACGAGUUCUACCAGUUCAAGACGCCGUUAUCCAACGGCAAGCAAUCCACCGCCGCAUACCUCCAAGAGAACCCACCCCACUCGCUCCCGUCCUUGACUGAAGGCAUGUUCGGCUACAGCCUGACGCGACCCGUCCACAACCAAGAUUACUACUACGACAUCUUCAACACGUGUCGGGCAUUCAAGUGCGACAUCGAAGGGUGGCAUACCGAGAGUGGGCCGGGCGUCUACGAGGCCGCGCUGGAAUUUGGUGAGCUUGGACAGAUGGCGGACCGGGCGAGCCUGUUCAAGUAUGUCGUCAAGUCAUUGGGGAUUAAGCACGGCAUCACGCCUUGCUUCAUGGCCAAGCCCAAGCAGGGGCUCCCGGGCAACAGCGGGCACAUGCACAUCUCGCUGGUCGAUGCGAACGGGGACAACCUGCUGUACCGCGGCGAGGCGGACCCGAACCCGCCCUACCCGGAUGUGGCCUACCUCUCCGACCUGGGGCGGCACUUUCUAGCCGGCAUCCUGGAGGGUCUCCCGGACGUCAUGCCCAUGGUGGCGCCCACGAUCAACAGCUACAAGCGCCUGGUCGAGAACUUCUGGGCGCCCGUCACGGUCUCGUGGGGCCUGGAACACCGCGCCGCCUCGAUCCGACUGAUAGCCCCGCCGACCUCCAAGCCGGGGGCCACGCGGUUCGAGGUCCGCGUCCCGGGGGCGGACGCCAACCCCUAUUACGUGCUGGCGGCCGUUCUCGCGCUGGGCUGGCGUGGCGUCGAGAAGAAGUUGGACUUCCCUUGCCCUCCCCUCGGCAAGGGCGAGGAUGUGGGCGGCAGCUCGGAUAUGGGCGUCCGGCUGGCCAAGACGCUGCGCGAGGCGAACGAUAGGUUCAUGCGCAAGGGCAGCAUCGCGCGCGAGGUGUUUGGCGACGAGUUUGUGGACCACUUUGGGGGCACGAGGGCCCAUGAGAUUCGGCUGUGGGAUGAGGCCGUGACAGACUGGUGAGCUCUCUCUCUCUCUCUCUCCUUCCUUCCCUCCCUCCUCUUUCCUCCCGCGCCCCCUUUUUCUGCAUCCCACUCUCUUCUCCCC